UCUACCAUCCAGCAAAACAAAAGCGCAGAAGCAUUAGUUCAGCAACGUAGAAAAUAUCAUAACAAUGGCUUCUCAUUCCCAUUCCGUGUCUCACAAGGUGAUUUUCUGGGCUUUGGUGAUUGCUGUUGCUGCUGUUGCGAUCACUCCAUCGGCCGUUCUCGCCACGAAGAUAACCGUUGGCGGAGACCAGGGCUGGACGAAAGGCUUCGAUUACAAGGCUUGGGCACAGGCCACCAAAUUUCACGCAGGCGACAAGCUUUUUUUCAAGUACCCGAAGGGCGUACACAAUGUAUACAAGGUGAACCAAAAGCAGUUCCAGAACUGCGACAUCACAUCGGCCACAAAGAAGUACACUUCUGGAGGGGACACCAUUACAUUAAAGAGCGGAACAAGUUGGUUUAUCUGUGGCGUAGGGGAUCACUGCAGGAAUGGUCAAAAGCUCGUCAUCAAUGUCAAUUAAAACUCAAGUAUUAUACCGCUGAUCAAUUAAAGCAUCCACAAAUCG